UUGGUGAGAUGCCGCAAGCUAUGUCACGUGACCCAGCCAGUAAACCCCCACUAAACUGGGCACUUGGAUUCCUGCCAGGGCCGUAAUUGAUGGGUGCCUCGUUGAUCUAAUCACACGUAUCAUCAUGGGGCUGUAUCGCGACGGGAGAAUAAGCGUGAUAGCCGAUAUUAUGAGUUUCUGUCACGCGUAAAUAAAUAAUAAAACGUUGAUGACGAAAUGUCGUAUACCCCAUUUGGAAAAAUACGCUGGAUGAGACGAAGCCUGUUUUGCAAGUUUUAAUAUAAUUUUAUACGCACGGACGACUGUUUUAUGGAUACCAACGUGCGUUUCAUGUUACUAUUAAAACACGUGAAAAAUUUCAACGGCGCAUUUGUCUACCAGUUGAAUUAACGAAAAGCACGUUGACGCUUAUUUGACAAUCGCGCGCUAUUACAACCUUAUUAAAAAUGUACGCUUUUCAUCGCGCUGAACUGUCGAUAAUUAUGAGAUGGGAACUUCGUUACCGACCGAGAACGUCCCGAUAAGCGACGGACGCUUAUACAAAAUGAUGCAUCACAAAAGUCGCAUCUUCAAUCAAUUUAAGUAAUGCGUCACCGACCUUCUCAUUUUAUACUAUCUCUUAUUAAAUCGUCCUGUGGUUCACCGUCUCCCCAGCAUCCGUCACGCUCUCUUAUAAUUCCGUCGUUGGCAAAGCCAAAGAGAAGCCACGUAACGGUGUGCUCUCUUUUGUGACGUGAAAUCGGGAUGAACGCAGUGAUGGUUUGUCCGUUCAGUGGCCGUUGUGCCUAGCUGUGCCCGUUCUGUGAAGCGUACAGUUGAGCGACAGUAUACUACUCGGUUACCUCAGGAGGCUUAGCUUACUGCUAUUUUGUUACGCGAGUCAGUUACUUACGGCGGGAAGAAUAAGACGGACGAUUCGUGAAAACUACGUGGUGUUUUACGUGCUUAUAAAUAUAUUUCCUUUAAAUAACUCCUUGUGCGGUUUUCAAGCGGCGCUAAUUUUUUAAUAAUUUUAAAUAGGUAUUCCGUCAAAAGUUUCUUUACUCUUUUUACCGUGGAAAUUUCGAUCACCGUGACUUGCACGAUGAUGGCAUUAAACGUCAGCGGAAAGUGAUGAUCAAACUUUUCGUUGUAUUAUCUGAUAUUAUCACUGUACGCAGAUGCUAUAAAGUAUAUUGUGAUAACCCUUGUAGAAAUUCAAAUGAUAUUCAUUGACUUUACUUGAAAAGGUGAAUAUAUAAAAGCACCAACACAUCUUGGAAGCCAAAGACAAUUGUGGACUUAAUAUGAAUAUCGAAUUCGAGAAUCUGACGUACAGAGUACGGGACCGAGGUCAUUCAGUUCGUUCCCGUCAAAUUCUCAACGAUGUCACGGGUCAUUUUCGAAAUGGCGAACUGUCUGUGAUCAUGGGUCAUUCCGGAGCUGGAAAAACGUCUCUGCUUCACGCAGUCUCCGGCUACAGAACCUUAGGCGUCACCGGUCGUCUUCUUGUGAACGGAAAGCUUCGCGACAAUCGUGAAUUCCGUCGACUCAGAUGUUACAUUACGCAAGAGGACCUUCUUCAGCCUUUUUUGACUGCACGUGAGGCUAUCAGGGUCGCUGCUGCUUUGAAACUUCCAGCCAUUGCAAGAACCACUAAAAAAGCCUUCGAGCAGACGGUGGAAGAAGUCUUGGCAAAAAUUGGACUUACGGAAUGUGCAGAUGUAAGGACAGAAUCGUUGUCAGGGGGUCAACGUAAAAGAUUAUCUAUAGCAUUGGAAUUGGUAAACAAUCCUCCUGCAUUUUUUCUCGAUGAACCAACUAGUGGUUUGGAUACAGUAUCUUCUGGACAAACGUUACGUUUGCUACGAGACUUGGCGCACGAUGGAAGUCGUGCUGUUAUAUGCACUCUGCAUCAACCAAGUGCAUCUCUUUUUAAGCUACUUGAUAGAGUUUAUGUAAUGGCGCAUGGACGUUGUGUUUAUCAAGGAAAACCAGAUUCCUUGAUAACUUUUCUGGAGGAAGUUAAUCGACCAUGUCCUACCCAUUAUAAUCCAGCAGAUUUUAUCAUUGAAAUAACGGAGGAUGAUAGCAAUAUUGAGUUACUAUCGAAUUCCAUUGAAAAUGGCAAAAGAGAUAUUGAUGGAUCCGAAACAAGGGAAGAAAAAAAAAGUAUUAUAGAUUCUGAACAGAUAUGUCCAGAUUUUGAACAGUUUUAUGAUUAUCCUAAUUCAGGAUGGCAUCAGUUUACCGUUCUUCUUGGACGAAUGCUCUUACAAAUUUCUAGGAAUAAGACUGGAUUAUGGGUACAGCUGUUCCAUUAUCUUUUAUGCGGUCUAGCUGUAGGUAUUGUAUUUUAUAAUCGAGCACAGGAUGGUUCCCAGAUGUUUAAUCAUUUGAAAUUUUGCAUCGGAGUCAUCAUCUUCUUUGCCUACACUCAUUUGAUGGUACCGGUCUUAGUCUUUCCAACGGAAGUGAAACUGGUUAAAAAGGAACACUUUAAUAGAUGGUAUGACUUAACGCCAUAUUAUGCUGCACUAACAGUCUCAAAAUUACCAGUGCAGAUAUUCCUAAAUAUGAUUUUUGUCUCACUGGCUUACGGCAUGACAGGUCUACCACAUGAAGGAAUUCGGUUCACGAUGUUUUCAUUAAUUGGAAAUGCUGUUUCGUUAGUGGCAGAAGGUAUUGGCCUGGCCAUCGGAUCGGUAUUCAAUAUUACGAAUGGAUGUGCGGUCGGACCAGCAGCAAUUGCACCUUUUCUCGGAUUGGCCAUUUAUGGUUUUGAUUUUGCCAAAGACAUACCCUGGUACAUGAAUGCCUUGAUGAGAUUGAGUUUUAUUCGCUGCGGCGUAGUAGGACUGGUUCUGGCAGUUUUCGGUUAUGGCCGUCAACGACUCGAAUGUCCUAAAACUGAGAUUUAUUGUCAUUUUGAUGAUCCUAAAGUGCUGCUUCGAUAUUUGGAUAUCGAUACUGUAUCGAUUUGGAGCGAGCUGUUAUCACUUGUUGGUCUCAUGUGUUUCUUCCGUGGCCUUUGUUAUAUAGGAUUAAGAUAUAGAUUUUCAUCCUUUACUUAACAGCAUUUAAUUAAUCAAAUUGAUUCAUUGGAACUUAUUCUAGUAAUGAUAUCAGCUUGAUUGAAAUAUUUUUGGAAACUCGCUGCUCAUAUAUUUUCAAGUUUCACGGUUUGAAAAUACUUGCGCGAUAAUUAUUCAUAUUAUAAGGAUAAUAUAUGAUAAUAAUAAUAAGCAUAUAAUAGUAUUGUUAUUGUUACAAUACCUAUCCUAAGAUCCAUCAGUGAUUUUUUUAAAUGAUAAUGCUUCUGAGUGUUUUCUUGCGAUCGCUUUUGCAGUCGUUUUUUGGAUUUGAAAACAGAAAAUGGCCAGAAAAGCAUCAAUAAUUGAUUAUUUCUAUACACACAAUUUUUUUUGUACGAAAUCCCACGGUGUUAUCAUCUAUGCAAAUAUUUUACUGUUAUGUUAAACCUGAUAUAUUUUUUCAACGACAAAAAUGUGUUUUCUUAGCAUCAGAACUAAAUAUCUAAAAACAGACACUGAACCAUUAAUGGAUCAAUAUGCCACUGUUCUAUUGAUGUAAAAUUUUAUAAUUAAGAUACGCAUUAGUAGGGCUUAUAUAAAUUUUAUAUUUUAUAUUAAUGACAUAGCAGAGCGGUGACGCACGCUAUUCGUAUAUUUAAUUAUAUUAGAGCAUUGACAAAUUCUUUUGUUAAUAUUUAUAUAAACCAAAGCAUAUGGGAAAUGUCGCACGUAAUUUUAAUAUUACGUGGACACAGCUGUUAGUAAACAAUAAGAGAGAUUGCCCAGUACAAAUACAGGAACAGAAAGUACGCAAACGCCCUAUUGUUUAUGACAAAAAUGUGAAAUGUUACACAAUCUACACUGCUCAGCAGAUCAAAUAAAUAACUUCUUGAUAAACAUUCUUCUUUCCGCAUACGUAUAAACGUCAUUAAUUUCUCUUAAACACGACACGUAUUUUCAUCCUCGUUAAUCAUCAGACGAGUGCAAAUUGGACUUUUGUAAUUUUAACCGCUUAUAACUAGUUAAUAAUUAUCUAAUCGAGAAGUUUAAUACGAUUUUUUUGGGGUAACGAAGAUUGAGAUUUCAUAUGGCAUUGCUAAAAUUUAAAUAAAGUUUCAAUAGAAAAUGUUUUACAAAGGCCUGCGGAAGAAAAAUGAAACAAAAUCUCAUAAAUGGACGCUCGUUUUUUCAAUUAAACGAUUCAAAAAAAUAAAAGGAAAUUCAUGUAAAUUUUGACUAAAUUGAAUAUUAGAUAUUUUCAGAUUGGUGAGAAAAUGUGAUAAAAAAUACAUAUAUAUAUAUUCCACACUUGCACGUCCUACACGUGCAUAUUCGUAUUCUAUACGUGUUAUAUAUGCCAGUUAGACGUAUUUGGCGUUAAUUUGACGUCAUCUACAAAGAUGAGUAGGGAGAUGCACAACACUACGGUUUUAGGCGAUACCAAAAUCAUGGCGCUAAAUCGUAGUGGCGAGUCCGGGAGCAGGAUUUUGUGAUCAUCGCCUCCGUUGACAAUGCGAAUCCCGUCGUAACCGAGCUAAACGUGAACACGAACGUGCAGUUUGGCGAGCAGAUGUUCUCCGCUACUCAACGCUGGUUCCUACAGCCACCCUUAGAACGAGACCGGGAACUACAGAACUUCUCAAGAACUGUUGAAACAUCUUAAAGACAUUUUUAAGAAAGUGCGGUGCCAACUAAACAUCCGUGUAGCACCUCAUUUUUCACUAAAUAUU